AUGACUGAAGGAACUCUCGCACCAGUUCCAGCUAGUGACGAAUACUACGACCUUGGCUCGUUCGGCCACUCUAUCACCACUACCAGCGCCGAUGCCCAGAUCUGGUUCAAUCGUGGCCUGAUAUGGGUAUAUUCUUUCAAUCAUAUGGAAGGCGCCUACUGCUUUGAACAGGCUAUUGCUCAUGAUCCUGCGUGCGCCAUGGCUUAUUGGGGCUUGGCUUAUGCGGUUGGCCCGAACUACAACAAGCCAUGGGAGACGUUCGACCACGGAGAUCUCCACACAUGUGUGCAACGAGGAUACGAUGCCUUGCAACAAGCAAAGAAACACGUGGCAAAUGCAACUCCGCUUGAACAAGCUUUGAUCGACGCAAUCCAAUCCAGAUUCCCGACCAAUCAGCCUGCAACAGACUAUCCGGCCCUGAACGAGGGCUACGCCGCAGCUAUGAAGCCGGUAUAUGAUCAAUUCGGGACUGAUUUGGAUGUUGCCACCCUUUAUGCCGAUGCCUUGAUGAAUAUGGCCCCCUGGGCUUUGUGGGAUUUGUUCACCGGCAAGGCGAACCCCAAGGCCCCCACCAUGGAGGCUCAAGUAGUGCUCGAAAAGGCGCUUGCACAGGAAGAGGAUGGUGCAUAUCUCAACCCCGGGCUUCUUCAUUUAUAUAUUCACUUCAUCGAAAUGUCGCCCACUCCUGAGCGAGGUCUCAACGUUGCCGACCAUCUACGCGACCUCGUUCCCGACGCUGGUCACGUCCGCCACAUGCCCACCCAUUUGGACAUUCUCAUCGGCGAUUGGCGGCGCUCUAUCGCCUCAAAUCAAAAGUCAACGCUCGCCGAUGACAAAUACUUCCGGAGGUCAGGCGCCAAAAACUUCUAUACCUUCUAUCGACUACACGACUACCACUCCUUGAUCUACGCAGCCAUGUUUGCCGGCAAAUCCAAGGUUGCCCUUGAGGCAGUCACUCGCAUGGAAUCCACUGUGCCUGAAGAAGUCCUUCGAAUCCAGUCCCCGCCAAUGGCUGACUGGCUAGAGCAGUUCAUGUCCAUUCGCAUACAUGUCAUGGUACGCUUCGGCAUGUGGGAUGAACUGAAGGUUAAAGAGCUGCCCCAUGACCAAUCGUUAUAUUCAGGCACGACUGCCAUGACUCACUAUGCCAGAGGCAUCGCAUUUGCCGCCACAGGGGAUGUGGCAUCAGCAAAAGCGGAACAGCAGCUCUUCCACCAAGCGUGGGAUCGGGUUCCCGAGACUCGUCGCGCAUACAAUGGCAAAAUUAUUGACGUGCUCGAGGUGGCCGGAGCAAUGUUGGAAGGAGAAAUUGAAUACCGUUGCGCUAACUAUGAUAAGGCCUUCGAGGCUCUCCGCCGUGCAAUUGACUAUGAAGACAAAUUGCCUUACAGCGAACCCUGGUCAUGGAUGCAGCCCGUUCGCCAUGCGUAUGCUGCACUGCUGAUGGAGCAGGGCCAUUUGGAAGAAGCUGCCAAGACAUAUCGCGCAGAUUUGGGUAUGGAUACCUCUGUCAUCCGGCCGCGUCGUCACCCGAACAAUGUCUGGUCGCUGCAGGGAUAUCAUGAGUGCCUGGUUCGUUUAGGAAAGAUGGACGAAGCAGCUGUCAUCGAGAAGCCGACCAAACUAGCUCUUGCUGUAGCCGAUGUUUCAAUCAAGACAUCGUGCUUCUGUGGCUUGGAUAAUUCCCAGUCACCACAGCUGUUUGAUGAAUGUUCUUCAAAUGGAAAAUGUUGUUAA